AUGGCGAAAGAUUUCCAUGCAUUGCAAAAAGGUGCUGUCAUCCAGCACAUCUCCAAAGCCUCUAACCUGAAAGGUCAACUGCAUGAAGGGAGCAUGGAAUCUUUGGCAACAACCAUUCGUUUCGUCACGGUGUACUGCCGAAUAAUAUCAACCGAACUCCAACAAGCCGCUCUAUCCAGACUUCUGCGAUAUCUCUGUGUGCCUUUUGCUGCACUGCAGGAAACACGCAUGAGAGAUCGGCCGGUCAUCAGCAUCGAAAAUUACACCACAUACUGCGGCGAUGCUGAACAAAGUAGGUGGCUGCGCGAUAGCUGUGAGGAACGACUACAAGAACCUGGUGGAAAAAAUAUGGCUCAACGUCGUUUAGAUACGCCUUUCUACGACUGCAGGAUCGCAGAGGAUGUAAACUCUAGAUCGUAA